GUAUCAAACUGUCAAUUUGUUGUGUGUGUUCAUUCAGCGUAACAUUUUUUUCGAAUUUUUAUUUUCUAUGUGCUAACUAAAUCAACGAAAUACUCAGUUCAUAUCGAUUCAAAUAAAUCAUACAUAACGCCAGACCCAAUGUCUACGAAUAAAAUUUUCUCUGCUCCGAAAAGCCUUGAACUUGAGAAUUUUCUUUUCAACCCUAUUGCCGUCAUCAAUGCAUGCCCGACCGUAUAUCUUAUUUAUAGAGAUGAGCAUGAGCUAAAGGAUGCAAUGAACAAAUAUACCAACGUACAGACAGGUGAUUCGGAGACACAAAAGUUGGUUCCAAAAUGUUUCCAUCUUAAUUCGAAAGAUGGAAAAUUAUUCCGUCAAAAGUACGAAGAAAAGGCUGUGAUUGUGACAAAAGUCACAACGUACCAGUUGAAGAUUGUGUCCUCGAUGGACGAUCUGAUGGUACUUUUGAAAAAAUCACCAACAUUCGUUGAUCCUACCGACCAAUUCAAACAGAGGAAGUUAUUUGCCGAUUUUAUCGCUCGCUUUUCCCGAAAUUAUAUUUACGAGAUCGACCGAAUUAUCGAAGAAAUUCAAUUUUACCAGGUCGAUCACUAUUCCUACUUUGAACGUUCAACGAAUCAUUUUAUUGGAAAAGUGUGCAAUCUGUUCGCAGUGAUCAUGCGCGCUUUGCAAAUCUAUCAGAAACAAUUGGCCAGAAUGAACAAUGAAAAUUCGGAAAAGCUCUUGCGUUUGACUGAGCUGAUUGUCGUUGGCAUAAAUGUGUCCGUUGAAUUGAAGAUAUUUGACGAGGAUGAUCUGUUGAUUAAGGUGCUUCUGGAUAAAUCCGAAGAAUUUAUUGCACUUUUGCGACAUAUAAUGUUCCGUGAAUCGCCGACAGAAAAUCAACCAGUAACGAAACCAUCAAUUAUGGCAUUAACUAAGGACACUUACAUUCCAACGACCAAUCGAUAUGGAAUGUAUGCCUCACAAUCUAAAAAGGUGAAACCGACUAAAUCAAUGAUGACUGUCACCAAAACAAACAGAAAUGGAAAAGGUUCGACCAACGGGAAUCAACAUAGACGCGGUCAACACACUGGCGAAAUACAGAGAAUGUUCGAGGCGCAAGUUUGUAGCGGAGAGUCAUCGACUUGUGAUGCUUAUGAAGAAGUCCUAAAACAAAAUGACAAGGGAGCUAAUGAUCAAGACAUUGCCAUGAAUUAUUUCCUACUAUCCGAGCCACAAAAAGAAACUCAAAAUGGAACGGAAAUCUCUCCGGCUGGAUCGUUGUUAGACUUAUCGAGCUUUGAAUUUGAUUUAGAAAGUUCACCACAUUAGCUGACAUUCAGCGUAGUUUGUGCAAUUCGUGUGUCUUAAAUAGAAAUUGCAGAAUAUAACC